AGGUACCUAGGUACCUGUUUUAGCCCGUCACGUCCACGUCUUCACCACCUAACUUCCAUCGCGCGUUUCCUUCUCGCUUUCUCAUUCACCUGCUACAGCCACCAAAAUUUCCACGAGCAACCAACCCGACUCGCGGGCUUCUGCUUUUUCACACUGAUAUGGGCCAUCUCCCACGUCUGCCCAUAUUUGCACUCUUCCUUUUCCUCGUUGGGUCAGGGCGUCGAUAUGCAAUCUUAGGACCCAGGACAGAUAUCCGGGCCUUGUUGCGCAUGGAAUUUCAUGUCAUUAUCACCUCUCGCCCUGGCCCAACUUCUACCAACCCACAUCUUCGGGGAUCCAUCACAUUUCGGUUUUCCAUUUCCACUCUCACUGGCUCGAAAUACCAGUAUCUGCACAGCAGAGCACUGCAUUUCCACGCUGCUACCUCAUCCUCCCAAUACCUCUGUUGCUUGUUCCAAAUUUCAGCACCUGUCCAACGAAAACACUCCCUCUAGCUCGUUACCGUCCUCAUCCCAAUGCCUGCGGUGAAGAUACCUAGGGACUGAACCCAGUCCCCCGCUUGACCCCAGCUUGGCAGUCUGUCAGCUUGGCGGAUAUGAGAGCAAUUCAAGAACAGAGAUCUGAGCAGACCCCGUCUCCCCUCUGGGUAGUUCCCUACAAGCA